CACCACCACAUUUCUAUAAUAUUCACACUUGAAAAAGUGAGGAAUUGCGAGAAUAAUUUUUGGACUUAUUAUUCUGUAUCCGAUCGAAUGAGGAGGUGUUGUGCGCGGUCCUCAGCUCCUUAGAAAACACCAAAAAAAAAAUUCCACUAAAUUUUUCAAAACUAAAUAAAUUCUUCCGCCGUAACUACCGCUUCGAUUUAUAAUUUCUUCUUUAUUUUUUAUUAAUUUCAAAAACGUUCAACUCAAAACAUUUCCAAACAAAACUCAAGUCUUUGAAAUAUUAAAUCCUGUUUAUUUGUCAAUCUCUGUUAAGUGUCUACAGUUUUUUUGUACCAACUAAUUUUUUUUAUUUUUCCUGUAAAAACUUGGUGUUGAAUUCUUGUUUUGUGUGUUUUUACGUAAAAUAGUCUUGCAAUGGAUGAGCUCAACAAAGAACAAAUCGCUUUGCUCAAAAACGCCUUCAAUGCAUUCGAUCCUGCAAAGAAUGGCUACAUUGAAGCCACCAUGGUUGGCACAAUUCUAAGCAUGUUGGGCCAUCAAUUGGACGACAAACAAUUGGCGGAAAUUAUUGCUGAGGUCGACGAUGAUGGCUCUGGACAAAUUGAGUUCGAGGAGUUCACAACUUUGGCUGCCCGUUUCCUUGUUGAGGAGGAUGCCGAAGCUAUGCAAGCCGAGUUGAAAGAAGCCUUUCGUUUGUAUGACAAAGAAGGAAACGGUUACAUUACGACCGGAGUGUUGAGAGAAAUUCUACGUGAACUUGACGACAAGCUUACCAACGACGAUCUUGACAUGAUGAUUGAAGAAAUCGAUUCUGAUGGUUCCGGUACUGUUGACUUUGAUGAAUUCAUGGAAGUCAUGACGGGAGGUGAUGAUUAAAAAUGUAGCCUAAGAUAGUAUCUUAUACACCUUCAUGCCACCUUAUUCAGCGAAUUCAGCAACACCAACAUUUUAAUCAAUAACGUACAAGUGCAUAGACAUAGACGUAUAAUAAAUACUCUUAUUACCAUUUUACACCUCGAAACGGACACUUCAAUCAAAAAAUAGCAUAAAUUGGACUUAUUACAUCUUUUAUGCAUAAUAAAAUCAAGCACCUCUAUAUUUAAUUCGACUUCUGAGAUAGCUACUGUGACAUUUAAAAAGUCAUAACAUGAGCAUGGCCUUGGAUCAGUUUGAGUCACAUGUCACAAUAAGACAGUUUAACAUGUCGAAAAUACACACCCUCCUGGGGUAACCCGCAUAAGAUUGUAUAAUUUAAUUUAAAAAAAAUUACAUUUUGCUAUUUGAGAUAUGAACUUGGACGUAUAAUAAUGUGCGGUUUGAGAAAAAAAAUAUAAUUUUAAUUUAAUUUAUUUACUUUUUUAUUUUAUCUUUUUUGUAGAAACUUAAAAGCCAAAAUGAGUAAAUUCUAGUCCUUGACAAUAUUUUAUGUAUUUUAUGAAAAGACAAUAAUUGGGUGUAUAGCAGCAUUAUGUAAUCAAAAAUGUUUAAAAAUAAAUUAUUUUCUAUGCUUCAUUUCUUUUAUGUUUUGUAUUAAUUUAAAUUGUAUACAAUGUAUUACAAAAAUAAUAAAAAAAAAACUAUAUAAUUAAUCUUUGUAUAAAGUGCCUAGUAAAAUAAAGAUGUAAUUUCGUUAACACA